CAGCGAAAGGGCGGGCCCUGGCGAUCUCGCGAGCCCACACCCCGUCCACGACCUUUGUGUUGGAAAAAUGUGAGCGUGGUUUCCAGCUUUUGGACGCCCCGGUGGCCCUUACGAAAUCACGGGUGCUGGGGAUGCAGCGGAGCCAUGGAGAUGGAGCAGCUGACCUUCCGCGACGUGGCCGUCGACUUCUCUGCGGAUGAGUGGGAAUGCCUGGAGCCUGCGCAGCAGAGGCUGUACAGGGACGUGAUGGUGGAGAACUACGGAAACCUGGUCUCCGUGGCUCUUUCUCAUCAUUGUACCCAGAACUUUUCUCCAGAACAGAUCCUAAAAUAUUCUUUCACAAAAGUGACUCGUGGAAGUCGCGGUCUUAAGAGUUUACCCUUAAGGGAAGGUUGUGCAAAUGUAGAUGAGAACAGAGGAACAGCAGCCAACCGUGGUAGACGUAAGCAGUGCCUGCUCACAAGCAACACCAAAGGUGUCAUUGACAACAGAGAACAAGAACAGAAAACAGCUCUGAAAAAGACUCGUGCUAGGCCAGAUUCUUUUGAUGAGCUAUUUGUCUAUAACUGUAAAUAUCCACAGGAAACUUUUCAGCAUGACUUAACUUUAAUAGAAAGUUUGGAAGAUCUGAUAGAUAGAUUAAUGUUUCACUCAAACAAUUCCAUAGACAAAGAACUAAAAAACAAGGGACUGAUCUCUAAAAGUGAUCAAGUCGAGUCUUCCUAUCCUGAAAGAUCCUUACUCUUCAGUCAGCAAAUAGCUGUCUCCUGUGGCCAGAAGCACAAUUCUGAUGAUUGCGGAUUGCCUGCUACUGAUCCAUUAUUGCAUAGCCAAAGUCGAGAUGCAGAUGUUUGGGAAACCCCUUACAUGUGUACGGAAACUAGCAAAGAUUUCAGUACUGGAGCUUUACCAAAUAAUUGCAAUGAUGUGAUGAUCCUGGAGAAAUCUGGCCAGCGUAACAAAGUACAUAAUGACUUUGACCAUUGCUUGAGUCCCAACAAACAACCAUGUACUCUUCCAAAACAGCUUUUCAAUUGUGAUAAUUUCUUUACUCAGUGUUCAAAGCUUACCAUCCAUCAGUGUAACUAUAUUCAAGAUAAUUGUUACAAGAGUAUAGAUUGUGACACAAUGUUUAAUAAAACUUUAAAGGUUACUAAGCAUAGAAUUCAGCAUUCCCAGAAAUCCUAUAAAUGUAAUGAGUGUGGCAAAGCCUUUAAAUAUUGCUCAAGUUACAGAAAACACAGAAUAAUUCAUACAGGAGAGAAACCUUACAAAUGUAAGUUGUGUGGAAAAUGCUUUACCCAGUGUGCAAGCCUCAAGAAACAUCAGAGAAUCCACACUGGAGAGAAGCCCUACAGAUGUGAAGAAUGUGGCAGAAGCUUUAACCACUACUCAAUUCUUGGUCAGCACCAGAGGAUUCACACAGGAGAGAAACCCUACAAGUGUAAGCAGUGUGGGAAGUCCUUUACUCAGUGUUCCAGCCUUCAGAAACACCAAGUAAUCCACACUGGAGAGAAGCCCUACAGAUGUGCAGAAUGUGGCAAGUCCUUUACCCAAAACUCAACCCUUAGUCAGCACCAGAGAAUUCAUACUGGAGAGAAACCUUACAGAUGUGAACAGUGUGGAAAGGCCUUUACUCAGUGUUCGAGCCUUAGAAAGCACGAGAGAAUUCACACUGGGGAGAAACCCUACAAAUGUGAAGAAUGUGGCAGAGCCUUUAACUGCCGUUCAUCUUUUACUAAACACAAGAGAAUUCACACCGGAGAGAAACCUUACAAAUGUAAAGACUGUGACAAAGCUUUUAUCCACUGCACCAACCUUAUUCAACACAGGAGAAUCCAUACAGGAGAGAAACCAUACAAAUGUAAUGAAUGUGGGAAAUCUUUUAGUCAGUGUUCAAACCUUAGAAAACAUGAGAGAAUUCACACAUGAGUAAAACUAACAAAUGUAAAGAAUCUAGUAAAUCUUUUAUUCGUAGUCAAAAACUUGUGUAAUGUCCUAUAAUUCAACUGGGGUGAGUCCUACAGAAGCAGUGAAUGUAACAAAGUCUGAGUCACUAUCAGAGAAUUAAUUCUUCCUGGGGAGAAACCCUACAAAUCUGAAUAAUACCAAAUUCUUAAGGUAUCUUUACCAGACACCACAGAAUUCACUUUAAAAAGAAACACACGGGCUGGUGAGAUGGCUCAGUGGUUAAGAGCACUGACUGCUCUUCCGGAGGUCAUGAGUUCAAAUCCCAGCAACCACAUGGUGGCUCACAACCAUCUGUAAUGAGAUCUGAUGCCCUCUUAUGGGGUGUCUGAAGACAGCAACAGUGUACUUACAUAUAAUAAAUAAAUAGUUUUAAAAAAAAAACACAAAAAAAAAUUUAAUGUAGAAAAAUUUAAUUGUUUACCAUAAAACUUUGAAUUCAUACAUGAGACAAAAACUGGCAAUUGUGCAGAGGCAGACAGUUCUUUAUAGCUCUUCAGCUUUUAUUAAACAAAUUCACACCCCAGACAAACCCUACAACUGUAGAAACUGAAAAAGUGACAGGCUUUUACCAUUUGCACACUUUAACACCAGAGUUGGUCUGGAAUGAAACACUGCAAACAUAACUGUUUCAAAGCCUUUGCAUCAGGCACAAAGCUUUGUAAAGACAGCAUAGUAAAAAUUUCAAUUUUGUCCCAAGUGCACAACUCAAAGAACAGUACAAUAUUUAUGUUCUGUGCAAGCAUAAGAAGUGUAAUAGAGCCUUUGGUCAAUAUAUAGGCUCUUAGUAUAAUUGAUAAUAGAAGUCUACAAGUAAAAGUAUUCUAAAAUUAUUCUGGUAGAAAUUAGCUCUUAAAGCUCUCAUGGAAUACUAUCAACAGCUCCCUCUCAAAACCUAGGAUUGUAUCACGAAUUAAAAGUUUCUAAAUAUGUUUAUGAAAAUGAGAAAGCACCAUUUUUACAUGCGUAUAUCAGAAGAACAAGACUCAUUUAUAACAAGUGCUUAUAAAGGGGUUUUUUCCUUAUCCAAGAGAAAGUGCUAGAUAACAAAUAUUACUAAUUCAUUCCUGGACACUGAUAGGAUUCUACUAAUCAUUCACUCCCAGGAUCUUCAAGUGAUUUUCCUAAAUGGGCAUGAUGUGGCAGCCUGAAAGGUUUUACAGUGUUUGUCAACGGAGACUGCCACCUUCCCAGGAUGGGAGGGAGAAAAAUACCCUUGAGGUUCUCAUGCAGUGCCACCCUCUAAUUGUGGCCAGCCCUGAUACAGGCAUACCCUUGCUGAACAUCCAGUCCCUGUUACACACAGUAAACACCACACCAAGAAUGAAAGCAAUACAGAGGUCCUGGUGUUUCUUGAACAGACCGAAGGGUGGUACCAGCACAGCAGCACAAUAUAGAGUCAUUGCUGCUGCUACCAUCUGAAGUCAGCCAGCCUGGUGGAACACAGGCUCAGUCCACUGCCAAAUAAGAAUAUGACUGCUCUGGGGUUGGUCCCACCUGCAAGAUUCACUACUAAACCAGGAGGGCAUACCACAGGGUCCACAAGGGAAGGAUGCCAGGGCUGCAUAUGCACCUGAGAUUAGCCCAGGUAGUUUUGCAUAGGUGAAAGGAGGAACUUGUCUGAAGUGCAAAAAGCCACCUGCUUGAAAAAGCGUCAACUGACCUUUUCUCACAGCACGCGGCAAGGUGUCAGCGUUGCUAAUUUUUCCAUCUAGGUAGGAGUGGAGACACAGGUACAUGGAGGGGAGGGUCAGACAGUCAUCUAAAUCCUGAUGAAUGGUAUGCAGGAUCUGGCUAGGUUAGGUGAAGAGGUUGGAUGUGGAAUUAGAUGUGUCUAUAUGUAAGGAUAAGGCUACAAGGGUCCUGACCUGAGCCUCAAGGUUUGUGGCAUCCCAAGUGGUGCUUAGUCUAUGUUGAGACACUGGAUGGGAGACCAUAGAAGGUGGGGUACAUGAAAGGCAGUAAGGCAGAGUGAGCCAGGCUUACCCUGGUGAAGAGUUUGUAGGAUCUGGUUGACCAAAGAAGUUGGAUGUAACACGGGGAGGGAAUAUAGUUGGGGAGUAAGUAGCAGGAGUCCUCCAGGCUUUGAAGUUUUGUGACUUAGAGCACUUCCUGCCUGCCCCACCCCCUGCUUCCUGAGUGUUGAGCCAGCUUCCGGCUCCUGGUGCUCCGUCCCUGACAAAGCAGACUACACCUCUGAAAUUAUUUCUCCCUUAAGUUGUUUGUAUCUGGGAAUUGUAUCACAGCAACAGAAAGUAACAAGGUCCUCAGUUCAAGCAUCCAGAACAAACAGUUCAAAGACAUUUGCCUUUGUAACAAAAAAGUUUUCAGUAUUCAUAAAUAUGAAUUACAUUCAUGAUAAAUGAAGUGCAGGUGGGCUCAACCCUUUAAAGUUGCAAAGCUCGAGAACUUUCCUUGCAUGGGUUGGCAGGGUGGGUAGAGUCCUCUGCCUCUGAUUCAUGUUAAUUAGAAUUUAGCUGAAACUAGGAAUUGAAUCCGUUAGCCUCGGUUCUAACAGGGAUGUGUGCUUGGGAGGCAUUUUUUAUUGCUUUCUCUGCCAUCAGAAACAAGACAAUGUAGGAAAUCAUUGGAAGGGCUAGGAGUAUGAAACGGUCUCAUUUAGGUGUGGAGGUUGGUCUUUGUUUUUGUUUUGUUGUGUAAGUGUGGCAUGUGUGUGUGUAUACGCAUUGAGCAUGUGUGUGGCACCCACAGAAGUUGAAAGGGACUGUUCUAUACCUUGGAACUGAACUUGCAGAUCAUUGUGCUGUGUGAGUGCUGGGAAUCUUCUGAAAGCAACAAAUGCUCUUAACUACUGAGCCAUCUCCCCAGCCUCUAUGUUUUUGAAUAAAGUGUUGCUUGUUGAUUUGUUCCUGGUGAUGUUACUGAGGGCCAUAGUUUACCAACAGAGGUUUCGUUGUUCUCAUCUUGACAUUCAACACAUUUAAUCUUAUUUUUUUCAUGACAAGAAAAAAGUUUAAAUGUGAAAUUGAAUAAGUGAGAACACA